AUUUUUUUUUGAAAAUUGGUCCCCUUCUCUUGGUUCAUCCCAUCUCCUUCCACCACCACCGCAGAGAUGGCCACCGUCAAUAGCGCCGGCGACGCCAGGAUCGUAGUGAGUUUCGGAGAGAUGCUCAUCGAUUUCGUGCCGACCGAGUCCGGCGUCUCGCUGGCAGAAGCCACAGCGUUCUUGAAGGCCCCCGGCGGUGCGCCGGCCAACGUUGCCAUCGCCGUCAAGCGCCUCGGAAGGCGGAGCGCCUUCGUGGGCAAGCUCGGCGACGACGAGUUCGGCCACAUGCUCGUAUCCAUCCUCCGCGACAAUGGCGUCUCCGACGCGGGCGUCGUCUUCGACUCCGGCGCACGCACCGCCUUAGCAUUCGUUACCCUCCGGGCCGACGGAGAACGGGAGUUCAUGUUCUAUCGCAACCCCAGCGCCGACAUGCUUCUCACGAAGGCCGAGCUUAAUGUGGAUCUCAUCAGAAAAGCUUCAAUAUUUCACUAUGGAUCCAUAAGUUUGAUUUCGGAGCCAUGCCGAUCUGCUCAUCUCAAGGCCAUGGAGUUGGCCAAGGAGGCUGGUGCUCUUCUGUCCUUUGAUCCAAACCUCCGGUUGCUGCUCUGGCCAUCACCUCAGGAGGCUCGCAAGCAGAUCCUCAGCAUCUGGAACCAGGCCGAUAUUGUCAAGGUCAGCGAAGUCGAGCUUGCAUUCUUGACUGGUCAUGACUCUGUGGAAGAUGAAGUUGCCAUGCGACUCUGGCACCCGAACCUGAAGCUGAUGCUAGUAACCCUCGGAGAUAAGGGAUGCAAGUACUACACCAAGGAUUUUCGAGGACUAAUUGGAUCCUUUCCAGUCAAGCAGGUGGAUUCAACAGGUUCAGGCGAUGCAUUUGUAGGCGGGAUGCUCCGAGGAAUCGAAGAAGACCGAUCAACUUUGCAGGAUGAGAAGAAACUGAGGGAAGUACUAAAAUUCGCCAAUGCAUGUGGGGCGAUCACUGCUACCAAAAAGGGGGCAAUCCCUUCAUUGCCAAAUGUAGCUGAAGUCAUGCAGUUGCUUGAGAAGGCAUAAGUACACAUAUUUCAUGUUGUUGUUUACUCUGAUUUACAACAAGCUUACUAUAUAUGCCUUUGGAACCACAUGGCUCUUAAUUCAGUAGUAGCUUGUUUUGUUUAUAAAAAAUUUCAAUAAUGUACUGUGCUUAUCUAUUUCAAAGGGGUCUUUGAGUAUGGUGAUA